CCCUGAGGGAGACGGCACGUCAGUGGAGGACUGAUCUCUCUGUGUUUUUGAUUUGUGAAGCCACACAUGUCUGUGGACAUGAUCAUUUGAAGUGCACAUUUCAUUCUCUUUGAGGGACUUUCUUUUAAAGGGCUCGUGUGAAUGAGCUGCAUGGAUCCUCUCUCACGGUUCCUGUCCCACCAUUGGAGAUGUGCUCACUGAAAAGAGCUAGUCCAGGAAUCUGGAAACAAUGGGUGACUGGAGUUUGCUGGGGAAGCUCUUGGAGAGCGCUCAGGAACAUUCCACUGUGGUGGGCAAAGUGUGGCUGACGGUUCUCUUCAUCUUCCGGAUCCUCAUUCUUGGCACAGCGGCAGAGAAAGUGUGGAGCGACGAGCAGUCGGGCUUCAGCUGCGACACCAAACAGCCCGGCUGCCAAAAUGUCUGCUACGACAAUACCUUCCCCAUAUCUCACAUCCGCUUCUGGGUGUUACAGAUCAUCUUUGUGUCGACUCCAACGCUCAUAUACCUGGGCCACAUCCUGCAUUUGGUGCGCAUGGAGGAAAAACACAAAGAAAAAGAGAAGAAACUCGCCCAACAAGGAAACAAACAGCCCCUCAUUGAAGAGUCCAAGUCAAGGAAGUUUCCUAUUCGAGAUGAACAAGGCCAUGUGCACCUCCAGGGAGAUAUUUUGCGCACAUACGUCUUUAACAUCAUCUUCAAAACAUUGUUUGAGGUAGCUUUCAUUGUUGCACAAUAUUUUUUGUAUGGAUUUGAUCUGAAACCGCUCUAUACGUGUGACCGACCACCUUGCCCCAACACCGUCAACUGCUACAUCUCCAGACCGACCGAGAAGACCAUCUUCAUUAUCUUCAUGCUUGUGGUGGCCUGUGUGUCUCUCAUUCUUAAUCUGUUGGAAAUCUAUCACCUGGGCUUCACAAAGUGCCAUCAGAGCCUGAGGUACAGAAAGACAGCAUUGUCUCCUGGAACUUCCUCUAAAGCACCUAGUGAACCCGUACUUCCAUUUAUCCCCAAUUGUAACUAUUUUCAUGGGCAUCAGCAGCAUUACCAACCUCCCCCAGAAUACAGUCUCUCCACCGCAGCUGUAAAAGGUUCUUUCCUACUGUAUAACAACAAGACAGCUUACAAGCAGAACAAGGAUAACUUUGCAGUGGAGAGGAAUGUCAAACCAGAGAAAUGUGACCUGACAUUAUACAAGGCGUUGGGUGUAGUCGCUGGAUCACUAUCAGAUCACCAGCCAAAGCCAAACCCCACUGCAAAACACGUCAACAAGACCAGAAUAGAUGAUCUGAAAAUCUGAUGCCCGAAACAAAAACCGAACUGGACAAUCUGAUAUCAAGUGUAUCAGAAGGACUUAAUUAAAUAAUAAUAAUACAAAUUAAUACAAACUCAGAUUUUACUUUAAUUAUGAAUAUUUUGGGGGUCAGCAAUCCCAAAGUCCUUCACUUUGCAUUCAUAUAAUGGAAUGAUGCAGAUAACAUUUUGCAUAAUUGGAAGAUUUGUGAAGGUUUUGUGACCUGAAGCUAAGCGCACACACUUUGCACAUUUAAAGACUCUUUAAAUGUCCUUGUUUUCUGUUGUGUUGGUGCACACUUUACUAAACUAAUCAUAAACUUUAUUAAUUACAAGACAACUCUCCUCCCUAACUUACAAUCCCAAAAUUUGUUCUCACAAAACUUUAGCACAUAGCAAUACGAGAGCUGAUUCCAACCAAAAUGACAACAACAUUGUUUGGCUUCCAAUUCCCAAUGUCAUGUGCCUUCAUCUUGCAUUUUUUCACUCUCUUGCAAUUUCAUUGCUCAUUGCUGCUCUCUCACUUGUCUGGACAGUAUGCACACCUGCCGACUAGGGUUGGAAAAAUGCAUCGAUGCAUCGCGGUGCAUCGAGCUAUCAAAGAAAUUUCAAGGCAUCGAUUACUACAUUUAAGAAUCGAUUAUCAUAUACCCAAUGUGUCAGUCUCAGAUGGAUGGAUGGAUGGAUACUGCCGAGUUUGGCUGUCUGUGUCAUUCAAAACUGUUUGCAUCCAUUUGACCAACGUAGUUCAUUCUUGUUGCCGAUAUAUAUAUAUAUAUAUAUAUAUAUAUAUUGUGCUAAUAUUGCUUUUGUAUCUCCAUAAUAUCUCCAUAAAUCAGUUUAACCAUGAAUAGAACUUUGUUUAUAUAAAUAUGACUGGUGGGCAGACAUUGGCUGCGAAUGAAAACACUCAUUCAUUCAUUCUCUUUAUAGUGAAUGCCACAGAAUAGGGAGCGAAUUCAGACUGUUCUGAAGGGAACUAACCAGUUGAUUACAAUCACCUGUGAUUGGUCAAUGACAUGCAGCAGCUGUGAAAAGAUCAAACAUUUGUAUCUUACAUUUGUGUGCUACAUACAGUCCUGCAUGAAAAUGCGAUUUAAUUCUCGUGAACGGGCUUGACAAGCGGAUGUGUCUCUGUUUAGCCGCCUAGUGCCUCUUUCUCUAUUCCAAAAUGAAUAGGGAACUCACGGUUACAUCCUGUUUAACCGCCUUUCCAUGCUACUAAUAGACUGUUUUUCAUUCUAUGACCCUGCCGAGCCCGCUCUGUUAAAAUCCUGGAGUUGUAUCUGCCUGCACAUGCCAUUUCAUCUAUAAUUACUGGUUUCAGAUUUCACAAUGUUUCAUGAUGCAUCGUAAUUGUUAGGUAGAGAAUUGUAAUCAAAUGGAAUCGUUGUCAGAGUGAAUCAUCACACCCCUACUGCCGACUGCUCGGCCAGAUUUCAAUCAAGUGUAAGAUUUAUUGUAGCACCUGCGAGUAGUUGCAGCAUGUCACACAUUUAUGCACACAAGAGCAUCAGCAAUGGGCACACACUGGCUACAAUCCAGAUAUUUUUUGAGGCAGACUAGUUGCAGACAUUAAAACAUCAACAGGCAAUAAGCUUCUGUCUUAUGUUGUACUCUUGGUUUAAGUUCAUUGGGAAAAACUUUUUGGGAAUGUUUCUAAUAUUUUUGGAACAGAUGUAUACUAAAUCAGUCAUUUGAAUAGUUGAACAACCCAGAAUGCUCUUUGAGAUUUUGAUUAGUAGAUACAGUAUAUUAAAGUAGAAUCAAAGUAACUGCUAAAAGAAAACCAGGUAAAGAAAAUGAAUCUAACAACAAUGCUUAUCAUCAAAAAUGUAAGUGGUACCAUUUUAUUUACAGUUAUAUUAUAAAAAAUAAAAAAAUUCAAGUUCAUAACAAAUGUUCUUAUAUGAUGUUAAAUUCAUAUUUGAUCAUGAGUAGUAACAUUUCAUUGAAACUUCUACAUACAGUAAAUGUUUCCAUAUAAUACACAGUACAGUUUGCGCAAUUCUUUAUGCGCUCUUUUGCACAAACGUGAUUAUUCAAUAGCAGGCAAAUACUGUAUGUGUUGGCUAUGACUAUAUAUGGUAAAGAAAUAAAAGAAAAAAAUCUGAACAGUGUCAAAAUUAAACUAAAUACAAAAUAUCUAGUAAUUAAUUUCACCUCAGAGGAAAGAGCCCAGUCUGAACAGUUAAAUUUAGCCAACAUCUCAACGUACACUGCAUUCCAGCUUUCACCUCCUAUGUUGAGUAGCACUUCAGAGAUGUCCACUCUAGUGUUAUUAUUAGCUCACAGAUGGCAGGAGACACACAGUUCCUGAGUAACAGGACACAAGUCAGUGGCUCAACAAUUAAUAUUUGCUACAUUAAUUGAGAACAAUUCAACUGCAAAACCUUUAAAGUGAAUUUGUAGUCACUGCAUUGACUACAUAAAAUUGGAUCUGUUGAUGUGUCUGGUAUAUGACUGUUAAUAUGACACUGAGUUUAACUGGAGAGUUUUACCUGUGUGAACAGCUUGACUGACAUGAAUACAUCAGCUUUAAAGAUCCAUUGUAAUUACAGAGAUGCUUUUUUAUGUGUCAGUUAAUGAAACUGUACAGUCAGUAUGAAACUCAACUAACUGUAAUAUAGACUAAACCAACUUUAUAUUAAGUAUUGCAUUAAAGUCAAUUUCUUUUGGAAUAAAAAUUAAAGGAAAUGAAUUGCACAGCAAAUAACAGAAACUCUCUACAACAAACUUGCAGUGACAUUACAUACACAUGAGUUGACAUGUAAUUCUUUUGAGAAGUUGACCUGUUCUGUGGUGUGAUAUGUUAAACUAAUCGAGAGACUACAUGAGAAAUCAUGAUUAAAAUAAAAUAAAAAUUC